UUGAGACUUUCUUGAAGACUAUUAAGCAGAUCUGUCACCGAAAGUUUCCUAUGCUUUUAGAUGACAGUUUCUUGAGCCUCGCCAAAAGCAUCAUAUAGCCUUGGAAGCUGAGGAUCUUGUUGUUGGAAAAUGGCAAAGGAGUUGAUUUUGUUGGAUGAGUGGCUUAGCAUGUUUGGGAUGAGAGCUAGGAUAGCACUUGCUGAAAAGGAGAUAGAGUAUGAGUAUAGGGAAGAGGAUUUGGAUAACAAGAGCCAAAUGCUUCUGCAAAUGAACCCAAUUCACAAGAAGAUCCCAGUUCUCAUUCAUAAUGGGAAACCCAUUGCUGAGUCCAUCAUUAUUGUUGAGUAUAUUGAUGAGGUUUGGAAGGACAAGGCUCCUUUUCUACCCUCGGAUCCUUAUCAGAAAGCUCAAGCCAGGUUCUGGGCUGAUUUUGUCAACAAGAAGAUUGGUGAUGUUGGAGGGAGGAUAUGGGCUGGGAAGAGAGAAGAGAUUGAAGUGGCAAAGAAAGAGUUAGUGGAGAACUUAAAGGAAUUGGAAAAGGUUCUUGGAGAGAAGGCUUAUUUUGGGGGUGACACAUUUGGCUUUGUUGACAUUGCUCUCAUUCCUUUUCAUAGCUGGUUUUACACUUAUGAGACAUUGGGUGACUUCAAAGUGGAGAUAGAGUGUCCUAAGCUCAUUGCUUGGGCAAAGAGGUGCAAUCAGAGGGAGAGUGUUGCCAAAUCUGUUGCUCAUGAGAAUGAGGUCUAUGACUUUGUUCUUCAAUACAGGAAGAAACUCCACUUGGACUGAAAAGGCACUUUGUGUAAACAAAUAAAUUUGUCAUGAAUGAACUUGAGCUUGAAUCCCUUAUAAUAAUAGCAGAAUUCAUGUUUAUGUUUAAAAAAUAAAAAGUGAACUUUAUUAUGGUUAA